AUGAAGAUUUUCCACAGUGUUGGGGAAGUAAUUGAAUGGCGUAAAUGUCAAGUUGGGGAUCGGAGAAAUAUCUCUGUGGGGUUUGUUCCUACAAUGGGUUGCCUGCAUAAUGGGCAUGCAACUUUGAUUAAAGAAUCCACUAAAGAUAACGAUUAUACGGUAGUCAGUAUAUUUGUGAAUCCAUCUCAAUUCGCACCUACUGAAGAUUUGGACAAGUAUCCUCGAACUUUAGAGAAUGAUAUUAAAUUAUUGGAAUCACUGAAGGUGGAUGUAUUGUUUGCCCCAACAGCUCGUGAAAUGUAUCCAAGAGGUAUUCCAUUGAACGUGGAGGAACAGAAGGGUCCAUUUAUUUCUGUUCUAGGUGUUAGUGAAAUGUUAGAAGGCAAAACCAGACCAAAUUUUUUCCGUGGUGUUGCUACUGUGGUGACAAAAUUGUUUAAUAUUGUAAUGCCAGACGUUGCCUAUUUUGGUCAAAAAGAUAUACAGCAAUUUAUUGUUCUGAAUUGCAUGGUAAAUGAGUUAUUUUUCAAUAUUAAGCUGAAAAUGAUUCCCAUUGUGAGAAACGAAGCUGGUUUGGCUCUAAGUAGUAGAAACAAAUAUUUAUGUGAUGAAUCAUUAGUUAUUUCAUCGAACCUAUUCAAGGGGUUACAGACUGGUUCUGACUUGAUAUCAGUGGCCAAACAGAACAAGACAGUAUUAAAGAGACAAAAUGUUAUUGAUGCGAUCAAAGCAACAUGGAAACGAUUUCUUGAUUCGGGUGAUUUCAGAAUUGAUUAUGUAUCAAUUGCGGAUUGGAAUACUUUGAACGAAUUGCAAGAAAUUGAACCUUCUGAUAUUAAGAUAGUCAUUAGUUGUGCAGUUUACGUUACAGACAGACUCGAUAAAGGCACUGUUGUCAGGCUAAUUGAUAAUAUUAUCGUUUAG